UGAGUCCAGAGCGCCCUCUAGCGUCGCCGCGAGAUAAACGCUGCGGUAGUAAAGCAGUGGACGCGUUUGCUGGAAAGUAACACAGCCUGCGAUGAACUGUAAAAUGAAAUGAGCACAGUUUUUAACGGUCGUUGACUAAACCACAGAACCACGCACGAGUCCACCAUUUGGAAUUUGGCCUCGGGUGAAAGAAACGCGGUUGUUUGACCCAAUGGGACUGGUCGACCCCGUAGUUCGAUAGGCGGAAAGAGUAAGAGAGAGUAGCGCGUCAGACGAGCAGGAAAGGCCGGGGAUUGAAACCGGGCCUGUGCUCCAAAGGUAAUUCAUGGCUGAAGAUCCCCAGAGAAACUUCCGCUCCAUUUAUUAUGAAAAGGUGGGCUUCCGUGGAGUGGAAGAGAAGAAGUCUCUGGAAAUUUUGCUGAAAGACGAUCCGUUAGAUGUAGAAAAACUUUGUACCUUCAGCCAGAGGUUUCCCCUUCCUUCGUUGUAUCGAAUUCACGUCUGGAAAGUCCUCCUUGGAAUUCUCCCCCCUCAUGCCGAGUCUCACCUUCUGGUCAUGAAGUACCGAGACGAGCAAUAUCACGACGUCCUCCAUGCUCUCCAAGUCAUGCGCUACAUACACGAGGACUCUCCCAAAGUGGAGAUAUUUCUCCGAAUGUAUCAGCUGGAGACCGAAAAGCUUCCUCGGCAAACAGACAUCACAUACCUGGAGCCAGAGGAUGAAGACUUCUUUGCCAUUGCAAAAGCCAUGUAUGAAAUGGUAAAGAAUGAAGUGGACUCUUACUGGCUUAUUAAAUGCUUUGUGAAUCAGUUUAGUCACAAAUAUGGUGAUUCAUUACCACACUUGCCAAAGAGUCUGGAGUAUUACCUCAGCCUUGAAGACAGCAGACUUCUGAACCACCUCAAGUCGUGCGGCGCGAUGAGUAAGCUGCCAUACGGCCUCUGGUUCAGAAAGUGCUUUGCUGGCUGUUUGCCUGAUUCGAGUCUGCAGAGGGUUUGGGAUAAAUUAAUAAGCGGUUCUUGCAAAAUCCUUGUGUUCGUUGCCAUGGAGAUUCUACUCAGUUAUAAAAUCAUGCUUUUGGGAAUGAGCAAAGCUGAAAGCAUCACUCAGUUUUUGGAAAAUAUGCCCCAAGAAAACACUGAUGCGAUCGUCAGCAAAGCGGUUGACCUGUGGCAUAAGCACUGUGGGACCCCGAUGCACACGAUUUAAUGGGGACAAGGCUGUGUGCUCUGGCUGCUGCUCACUUGUAUGCUUUUGUGACUUUUAUAGUCUUAAAAUAAUAAAAGAAUUUUCCAACAUA